AUGGCUCCCAAAUCAGCAUCUUCUGGAUCUAAAAAGAAGUCAUCGGCAACUUCAGAUGAAAUCAAGCAGCCCAAAUUCAAACUACCGACAGAAUAUAUUAUCAGACCACUUCCAGCCAACUCUAAUUCUAAAGAAAGUGGUACUAUUACAGUAAAUUCGAAGGUAUUAAGUGCGUUAGAGAUUUCAUCAGGGUCUUUUUGUAUCAUCUCAAAAUUCGGUGAAAACGGUAUUGCUGCAAUUGCUAAUCCUAGCAAGAACGAGAACCACCCCGCAAAUGUCAUUCUAGUAUCUGAUACUCUGCGUUCGGUAUCCAACAUCAUUUUGGGUGAUAGAGUUGAAAUUCAAAAACUUACCCAACAACCUGCUUAUGCCAAAUCAAUAACAGUAGGCCCAUUUGAAGAAGGGUUGGCCAAUGAGAAAGUUAAGCUGGUUGAAAAGUUACUUGAUGACUGUGGAUUAAUUAUGCCAGGAAUGAGAUUCAAUGAGAUUGCUACAGAUAAUAAUGAGAAGUUACAUUUUGUUGUGACCGAUGUUGAUGAUGACGACCUACCAGACAUUGGAAAACUAUCAUUAAAUGCUGAUGAAUCCGAAACACUAGAGUUUAUGUCAAAGCCAGUGCUCUUCAAGAAGGGAUUGACAAAACUAAAGUUUACCGCUGAUAAAAAUGUAUCAAAGAAAUAUUCUCUACCUCAAUCAUUAUCUUAUGAUGCUGUAGGUGGUCUAAAAUGUGAGAUUGACCUGUUAAAAAAAGCCAUCGACCUUCCUUUACAUAGACCAGAAAUAUUUGCUGAUUUUGGAAUUUCCCCGCCUAAAGGUAUAUUAAUGCAUGGCCCGCCGGGUACAGGUAAAACAAUGUUAUUGCGCUGUGUCGCAAACGCAUCUAAUGCCCAUGUUUUAUCCAUAGAUGGCCCUUCAAUUGUUUCAAAAUAUUUGGGUGAAACUGAAUCCAAACUACGUGAAAUUUUUAAUGAGGCUAAAAAAUAUCAACCUGCUAUUAUUUUCAUCGAUGAGAUUGAUUCCAUUGCACCAAAUAGAGCAAACGAUGAUUCAGGUGAAGUUGAAAGUAGAGUUGUUGCAACUUUACUAACAUUAAUGGAUGGAACCUCAUCUUCAGGGAGAAUAGCUGUAAUUGCAGCAACAAAUAGACCCAAUGCUGUUGAUCCAGCAUUAAGAAGACCAGGUAGAUUUGACCAAGAGAUUGAAAUUGGUAUUCCUGACGUUGAUGCUAGAUUUGAUAUAUUAAAGAAACAAUUUGAGAAAAUAUCCACGGAUAAACAUACUCUUUCUGAAGGUGACAUCAAAUCGAUAGCUUCGAAAACUCAUGGUUACGUCGGUGCAGAUUUAACUGCUCUGUGUAGAGAAUCGGUAAUGAAAACUAUUCAAAAGGCUUUAACAGAAAACUCUACUACGGAUAUGACAGAAUUGAAAGUUGGUAUCACUGAUGUAGAAUCAGCAAUGUUGGAGAUACGGCCAAGUGCAAUGAGAGAAAUCUUUUUGGAGAUGCCUAAGGUGUAUUGGUCUGAUAUCGGUGGUCAGGAAGAUCUAAAGAGAAAAAUGAAAGAAAUGAUCCAGCUACCACUGGAGGCAGCAGAUACAUUUGCUGCCCUUGGCAUCAAGGCGCCUAAGGGUAUCUUGUUGUAUGGUCCUCCUGGUUGUUCGAAAACGUUGACUGCCAAAGCACUUGCGACAGAGUCUGGUGUCAACUUUUUAGCUGUUAAAGGACCAGAAAUAUUCAAUAAAUAUGUUGGUGAAUCUGAAAGAGCCAUAAGAGAAAUUUUUAGAAAAGCUAGAGCUGCUUCUCCGAGUAUCAUAUUUUUUGAUGAAAUAGAUGCCUUAUCCCCUGAUAGAGAUGGAUCAUCCACAAGUGCUGCCAAUCAUGUAUUAACAUCCCUUUUGAAUGAAAUAGAUGGUGUAGAGGAACUCAAUGGUGUUGUGAUUGUUGCUGCUACGAAUAGACCAGAUGAGAUAGACUCAGCAUUACUUAGACCUGGGCGUUUGGAUAGACACGUUUAUGUCUCUCCUCCGGAUUUCAAUGCUAGAUUACAAAUACUAAAGAAAUGUACCAAAAAUUUUGAUUUAGACAAUACUGAUGAGUUGCUCAAUGAUCUAGCUACAAGAACAGAAGGAUGUUCUGGUGCUGAAGUAGUGUUAUUAUGUCAAGAAGCUGGUUUAGCAGCCAUCAUGGAUGAUAUUCACACUAAGAAGGUAGACGCAAAUCAUUUUGAAGUAGCUUUACAAGGGAUAUCUAAAUGCAUUACCCCAGAAAUGCUAGAAUAUUAUCAAGAAUUUGCAUCAAGAAGCGGAAUAGCCUCAUAA